AUGGCCACCGGCUACCCUCCUCCCAACCAAACUGGCAACCCUGAUCCUCCUCCUAAGACCGCCUGCUCUUACCCUUCCGCACCGCCGCCCUCCCAGCCCUACGCCGACAAUUCUUAUUACCAAGACGAAACUCCUUUUUACAGCCGCCCCGCCUUUCUCCGCCCCUUUCUCAUCACAUUGGCCGUCGUCACUAUUAUCAUCUGUUCCAUCGUGCUCAUCCUCUGGCUCAUCGUCCGUCCACGUCCGCCCGUUUUCUAUCUCACCGCUCUCUCGGUCUCCAACUUCUCUAUGAGCAAAUCUCAACUCACUGCCAACUGGAACGCGCGCCUGCAAGCAUAUAACCUAAACAAGAAAAUGAGCGUCUACUACUACAACGUCGUUUCGGCGAUUAGCUACAACUCCGUGACCUUGUCAGUAACGCAAAUGCCGCCAUUCUUUCAAGUCAUCCGCAGUCAGAAGAAAUUGACCGCCAAGUUAACGGUGGUUGGUUCGUACAUUGGGGAGAAAGCGAUGAAUGUUAUAAAGCGGGAGAGGAGCCGUGGGUCGGUGAGGUUUGAUUUGAGGUUGGAGGCUUUUGCUAGUUUCAAAUACGGCAGCUGGAGGAUGAAGGUGAAGCGGGCCAAGAUUUUGUGUGAUAAUGUGGCCGUCAGUCUUUCGUGGUAUAGCGAUUCGGGGAACUUAAUGGGUGGUGCCAAGAAAUGUAGGGUUCAUAUUUAG